AUGGGAAACAAGGUGGUCACCUUCACGGAGCAGCAGCUCGAGGACUACCAGGACUGUACAUUCUUUACAAGGAAAGAAAUUCUAAGAGUGUUCAAACGGUUCCGUGAGGUGAACCCCGAGCUGAUCCCUAAGAGCAUGACGGAGAACCAGGCGCACAGCAUCGUCGUGCCCGUCCACGAGAUAGAGAAGCUGCCGGAACUCAGGGAGAACCCGUUCAAGCGGCGCAUCUGCGAGGUGUUCUCGCACGACGGCUCCGGGAACCUCACCUUCGAGGACUUCCUCGACAUGAUGUCCGUCUUCAGCGAGGCCGCGCCACGCGACAUCAAGGCUUGGUACGCGUUCCGCAUCUAUGACCUUGACGACGAUAUGUACAUCGGGCGCGGCGACCUGCUGCAGGCGGCGCGGCUGCUGACACGCGGCCAGCUGACGGCGCGCGAGCUGCAGGACGUGGUGGCCAGCGUGCUGGACGAGGCCGACCUCGACGCCGACCAGCGCCUCUCCUUCAUGGACUUCGAGCACGUCGUCGUGCGCGCCCCGGACUUCCUCUCCACCUUCCACAUCCGCGUCUGA